CGUAUAAAAUACACAUAUAUACAUAAAUAUAAUAAUCGUGUCCCUGUUAAAUAAAAGACAAUGUCCGUGUAAGUUUAAGAUUUAGUGAUUUUGAUCCCGACAAAUUAUUAGUGGAUCCGCGUACAAAUUAAAUGAGUUAACUAAAAUACCUGAUGACUUUUAUCAUUAAUUUGAUAGUUAUUAAAAAAGAAUUUGAAAUUAGCUAAAAAAUAUGAUAACUCACAAAUGCAGGAUGAUAUAAUACCGAGUUUGUUUACUUGUACAAAUAUACAACUUGUAUUAGGGUAUUUUAGUGUCUUAUUGGUGGAUGUGUCAUGGUAAAACUAUUUUAAAUAAAAUAUAUACAUAUAUAUAUUUAUAAAUAUUGUCCUUAAUAAAAUAAGGUUGUAUGCAUUUAAUUACCGUGUGUACAACCAAAGAGUUUUAACCGGUUAUAUGAGUAAUAGAAAUGCUGAAACAAUUGCAAACGGGGAUGAGGGCUUUCCUUCUAAUGGCUUCACGUGUGUGGACCUGCAUCUGCUUUCUUCUAAAGAAGCAGGUUAGAGCCAUUUCACAGAUGCAACCGGUUAAAUAUGAAAUUUUUCCACUAUCACCACUGUCAAAACAUCGAUUAAGUAUAGUGAAGAGAAAAGUACUAGUGUUAGACUUAGACGAAACAUUAAUACAUUCACAUCAUGAUGGAGUAGCAAGACCGACAGUCAGACCAGGAACUCCACCGGAUUUUGUACUGAAGGUGACAAUUGAUCGACACCCAGUGAGAUUUUUCGUCCACAAAAGACCUCAUGUUGAUUUUUUUUUGGAUAUUGUAAGUCAGUGGUACGAGUUGGUUGUAUUCACAGCAUCAAUGGAAAUUUAUGGAGCUGCAGUUGCUGACAAAUUGGACAACAAUCGUGGCAUACUUAGACGUAGAUAUUACAGACAACACUGUACUCCUGAAAUGGGAUCAUAUACUAAGGACUUAGCAGCUAUUUGUUCCGAUUUAACGUCAGUUUUUAUACUUGACAACAGUCCUGGUGCUUACCGAGCUUAUCCACAUAAUGCAAUACCAAUAAAAUCAUGGUUCAGUGAUGCUGGUGAUACAGCAUUAUUAAGUUUAUUACCUGUAUUAGAUGCACUUCGUUUUACUCAAGACGUGCGCUCAGUUUUGUCAAGAAAUUUACAUUUACCCCAUAGUGGGGGUGGUGGCUGGUAGCAGUCUAGUGUUUUUAUUAUGCUCGAUUGAUUUGCUGAAAUAGUUUAAUUAAUUAUAAUAAUAAUUAUAAUAAUAAUAAUAAUGAUAAUGAUAACAAAUUAAUAAAUAAUAAUAAUAAUUAUACUGACAACACACAAAUACAUAGAAAUUUAAAAAAAAUUACUGUCAUAUAUGUACGAAUACACUACGUAUGUGUGCCCUCAUUACACAACAAGUAAUUAAUCUAGUAUUUGUUACAAAUAUAAUUCAUUUAAUGCAACAUAUUGACAAUUUAAUUGAAGUUAAAAUUUAAAAAUUUAAUUUAGUUUUGGACGGAAAUUUUUUUUAUUUAUUAGUUUUAUUUAUUAUUAUUAUUUUUUUUUCAUUAAUACAGAAUUUAAUUACUUUUCAUUGAAUUUGUAAAUAAUGUAAAGCACUUCCGAAAUUAUGCAUUAGCCAAAGAUCAAUAAUCCAUGUAUUAUAUAUGUGGUUGAUUAAUUAUGUAAACGAGUAAAAAUAAAUUUGAUUAUUAAGUAUUUGGCUUAAAUAAUAUUUAAAAGAAAAAAAAAAUAAGAAAAAAAAAGAUAGUGUGGAAUUAUUUUCAUUGUCGAUUUGCUUUUUCCACGCAAUUGUACGUCGAUAAAUGUUAUACUAUUAUGUGAAAAUUAAUUCGGUGUGGAAGUUUUGAAUUUGAGUAGACGGAGGAAAACUUUUUUGUAAUUUGUAAUUUUGAAAACCUCAAAUUUUGAUUUUUUUUAUUAGAGCCAUUAGUUUCCAAUAGAAAUUUUUUCGAAAUUAAGGUAAAAAUGAUUUUGAAAUUUAUUUUUUUUAUUCAAAAGUCAUGAUUUGAAGUUAGUAGACAAUUAACAAUUUUUGAAUU